CACAUCGAUGGAGACUCAUUUCUUAUUGUACUUCAUGGUAUCUUAAUACUAGACACUGGGAUACUCCAAUUUGAAAUAGUGGAAAAGAAAACUUUGGCAUUUUAUGGUAUUUUUAUAAAUCAAGAUUGGAAGUUAGCAGUUGUCGAUCUUGUUUUUAUUAGUUUGUUUAAGAGAAAGAUUCCAAGUUGAAUUUUAAUGGAGUUGGGUUAACAGUGACUUUUUUCUCUCUUUAAAAUGAGUUCGUUUGUCUGAUAUGUUCAUAUUCAAUGAAAGAACUUGGAAAUGUAGGAGCGGAGAGUAUUAACUGUUGUUGAUGCAAGGAUUAUCUAACUAAUGGCAGAUCAGAAUAGUAAUAGAACAGGAUUGUUGUCCAAGACUGAGAAGGAUGUUGUGUACUAUGCGAAUUGCCCAGGUUGCAAAAUUGAAGACAGGAAAGCAACGAACUUGGGAAUACCUUACAAGGAAUUAGUUUAUAUAUGGAUUGUUGUAUUAAGCGCAGUUCUUCCGAUAUCAUCUCUGUUUCCAUACCUAUACUUUCUGGUAAGAGACUUCAAUAUAGCCAAAAAGGAGGAAGAUAUUGGAUACUAUGCGGGAUGUGUAGGGUCUGCAUAUAUGUUUGGAAGAGCUUUAACGUCUUUGUUGUGGGGAGCCUUAGCUGACAGAUACGGUCGAAAACCUGUUAUACUCGCCUGCUGUACUACAGUGAUUAUAUGCAACACUCUAUUUGGUCUCUGUACAAACUUUUGGAUAGCUGUUGCUAUGAGAUUUCUUCUUGGAUGUUUCAGUGGUAUAUUUGGCCCAGUUCAGGCUUAUGCCACUGAAGUUUGUCGAAAAGAAUAUCAAGCUUUAGGACUAUCAUUUAUUAGUACGGCAUGGGCAAUAGGAUUGAUAAUUGGUCCUGCUCUUGGAGGUUUCCUAGCACAGCCUGCAGAGAAGUAUCCAAAUAUAUUUUCAAAAGAUUCUCUUUUUGCAAGAUUUCCAUACUUUCUACCUUGCCUCUGUAUAUCAGUAUGCGCAACAGCCGCAACUAUAGCAUGCUGUUGGCUUCCGGAAACAUUGCACAAACAUAGUGCACCAAAUGAAGAAUCCUAUGGGGCUGAUCAUGUGACUGAAAAGAUACAAGAGAGUAAGGAAAUAAGAUCAACAGAUUCUAAGGGAAGCCUUUUCACAAAUUGGCCGCUAAUCUCAUGUAUUGUUGUAUAUUGUGUUUUCUCACUUCACGAUAUGGCCUACAGCGAGAUUUUCUCAUUAUGGGCUGUAAGUCCUAGAAAGUUUGGUGGAUUGAGCUACACCACUGAGAAUGUUGGUGAAAUCCUUUCAAUCACAGGUGUUGGUCUUUUCCUCUUUCAACUUGUAAUAUAUCCAACAAUUGAGAGGACUCUGGGAACCCUCUCAGUAGCUCGCGCUGUGGCGGUUUUAUCUGUACUCUUGCUUUCAAGUUAUCCAUUCAUAGCUAAACUAUCUGGGCACAGCCUUUACUUGAUAAUAAAUACUGCAUCAGUUUUGAAGAACAUUUUCGCUACUACUAUCUUCACUGGCUUAAUAAUCAUGCAAAACAACUCGGUCUCUCAACACCAAAGAGGAGCCGCAAAUGGAAUUUCUAUGACUGCCAUGUCUCUUUUCAAAGCAUUUGGUCCAGCCGGUGGUGGUGCUCUCUUUUCAUUGGCACAAAAGCGUAUAAAUGCUACCUUUUUACCUGGUAACUAUUUGAUUUUCUUCAUCCUAAAUGUGAAUUUGGUGAUUGGAUUAGUCAUGACUUUCAGGCCAUUUCUCGCACUCCCUCGACGAUCCGGAUAAUUUAUGAAGCAGGGUAAAAUAAAGGAUGUUAUUAGCUGCAGUAAUAGUUUAACAUGACGGAUGAAAAUUUUGUAUUGAAAAACAAGUGCUGUUUUGACAUUCUACAGUAAUUUUAAGUACUGUAUAUCAUCUUGCCAAUGAA